AGUCGCGUGUGGCGGUGAAGUGGCAGCAGCGAAGUACAGAAAUAAAAUCAGCAAUAAAUGUUGUCGCAUUUGUCAAGCAAAUUAGUGGAAAAAUAGCGCUCAAAUGAGUAGUGAUAAAAAUAAAUGCGUAAAGUGCGAAAAUAAUGUGAAGGCGUGGAAAUAGACGACAAAUAAGAAAUAAAAUAAACAAACGGCAAAAAGAGGUGUAAAAUAAAGUGCUCAAUAUAAAUACCCGGUUUUAAUAAAAAUAAAGUUGCGAGCAAAACUUGAGGGGAAAGCCAAAAUAGAGACUAGUAAAAAAUUCUACAUAUUUAUUUGAAUAAAAAUCACAUCUAAAAGGCACAACCCCAACAAUGCCGGAAGCCACGUCAACUUUCCCCUUUGUGUACACACCGGAACCGCCUAAGAAGGCGCCCAUCAUAAAACUAUCAUGUGGCAUCGGCGAUACGGACGGAUUUCCCGCCUUUGAUGUCGACUCGGACGCCUAUGCGGCCAAAGAUGAUCCCAAGUGGGGUUUCCUAAUCACAGGCGGCGCUGAGUUUCACAUGCCGUUGACCGUAUUUCAGGUGACGCCAGACGGUUUAGCGGACAAAGGUGGCAUCCGUUUGGGUGAUAUUAUACUAGAAAUUAACGAAGAAGACGCUACUGAGCUUACACUUACUCAAGCGCAUGAGAAAAUUGCAGCUUGCGGCAAGAAAAUCCAUUUCCUUGUGAAGAACAUGGAGGAAGAUCCGGAUUUCGAGUUGGGCGAGGAAAAGUCUAUUGUGCUGCGUGUGCCAAAACCGGCACCACCGCCGAAGGAGUUCACCCCAACCCCAUUGCUAGGCACCCGUUUUUGGCAUCCCAUCAUGUGGAUCGAUCCACCCGAGCCACCGAAACCGAAGAAAAAGAAAACCAAAACCGAAGUCGAUGAAGAGGGCAAUGAAGUUAUCAUUGAAUUGAGUGAGGAUGAAUCCUCAGAGGAUGAAGAGGAAAAGGAGUUGCCACACCAUCGCAUCAUACGCAAUAUACGCCGCUUCUUCGCCGAGGUGGGCGAAAAUCAUGAGCUGAGAGAGCGUACCAUUGAGGAUAUGCUGCUGGCGCUGCCCACCGCCUCGCGUUCGAUGAAGCCCACCACGCAGCCGCGUGAGGAGACCAGGGGUCGACGCAAUGCCAAUGCGUCGAACACCAAACGACGCGGUGGACGUCAAACGGGUCGCAAGAGUGGUCGCAAAACGGCAAAGGACUCUGAUGAUGAGGAUACGGACGAGGAUAAAGACGAAUAUGAUAGUGAUGAGGAUUAGAUUAGCUUGGCUAGGGGUGAUAAGCCUGCGAAUAAAUAUUAUUGCGUUUUGAAAUUUUGUCCGCUUUACAUAAAUCACAAUAUGAAAUUAUAAUUAAUUAAAAUACAUUUUUGCUGAUAACCAACCAAAGAAGUAUGUUGAAGUUGUAUAUGUGUAUGUAUAUAUAUGUAUAUAAUGCUUAUGAAAAUAUGGAGGGAACAGGAUUUGCGCACAGGAAAUGAAAUAUAAACAUAAACUAUACUAUA